AUGAAAGAAUUGGGCGAGGCUGUGGGUUCAACCAUAGACUUCCGCGAUUCUAGGCCAAAUUCUCGAGUCACAGUCCGGUGGGGGGUUAACGAGGAGCUUGACCGACUCAAGCGAGACUACAACGGCAUGGAAGAUUUGUUGAGUCAGGUGGUAUCUGAUCUUUCUAAUGAGCUUCCGGAAUGGGCACGCAACAUCGUUACAAGUUGCAUAUUCUGGCCACAGCUUGGAUUCUUGACCAUGGUUCCGCUCUACCCUGAUACCGAAGAGCCAAUGUACGACGGGCAGGGCCUGGACUGUGACAACUGGCAGAUAAUGUUCUCUGCGGAACGGAAAGCGUACUACAAGAACCGUCGGAUGCGAGAGCUAGAUGCGCAUCUAGGCGACAUUAAAGAUCUCGAGGUCGAAAUCCUCCACAACCUCGCCGUCGAUGUCAUGGUACAUGAAGACGCUUUACUGGCCGCCGCCGACAUCUGCGGCGAGCUGGAUGCUUUAGUGGCAAUGACGCUUGCGGCAGGGAAGUAUGGUUGGACAGCACCAAAGUUGACGAUGUCGAAUGUCCUAAGUAUCCGCGCUGGCCGGCAUCCACUGCAAGAACUGGUGUUGCCUCUUUAUAUCCCUAACGACUGCUAUCUGUCCGGAGGCGAAGAUUACGAGACCCCGGGCCUUGGACAUGAAUCCCGCAGCUCAGGACAUUCACCGAUGAGCACCUCUACAUGUGCCAGCAUGACCGUACUAACAGGGCCGAAUCAUUCGGGGAAAAGCGUCUAUCUGAAACAAGUUGCUUUGAUCACUUACUUGGCUCAUGUUGGCAGCUACGUUCCUGCGGAGGAGGCAAUCGUUGGCCUGACAGACAAGAUCUUAACGCGACUAUCAACACGCGAAACCGUCUCAAGGAACGAGAGCUCGUUUGCCGUAGACCUCAAACAGGUAGCAUUCUGCCUCAAGUCAGCCAGUCGCCGCAGUCUAGUUCUUGUUGAUGAGUUUGGGAAGGGAACUACAAGCGACGACGGAGCAGGAUUGAUGGCAGCCUUGGUCAACCAUUUCGUUUCGCUGAGGACCAAGAAACCUCGUGUACUCGCGGCUACACAUUUCCAUGAGAUUUUCGAAGGGCGCUAUGUCAGUAAAUCUCCGUACCUGACGCUUGCGCACAUGGAUAUUCGUCUCGACUUAACAUACACUACGCUCGAUGCCGAAGACUUCAGUAGACUGAGGGAUGCUGAGGAUGCCGCCCGACGUUUUCUCAACGUUUCGCUGCGCAACCUAGCCAUAGGUGUCGUCGGGGACGUUGGGCACGCCCGGAACACUCUGAGGGGUGUUCUCUACGAAGACACAGGCUCGAACUGUCACCUGUGA